AUGUUUCCAGGAUCGCUGCAACUAUUCCCGGACUCACUACCGCUUCCAGUAUACAUGAUGAUUAAUGGAUCACUGCUUGCACUUGCCGCUCUACUCAGUGUCUUUUAUGCGCAGGAAUAUCAUACAAGAAUUACAAGGUUCUUCAUUAUGAAAACAGAAAACACGUUCAUGCGGGCACUAAUACUGUGCCUACUGAACAGCAUGCCAAAGAUAGUGUUGUUGGCCAGCCUGCAUAGCGCAUCCUCACUCAGUAUCUUCUCAUCUGUUCUUUCAGGCAGCACUCAGCUAUCAGUUGCAAUCACCCUUGCAAUUGUACUGCUUUCUGCAAAGUCUAACUUUGUUGUGCACCACAUGAGCUUCUAUAAGGACAUCUUCUUUAUGGAAGCAUCGCACUUACUCCUGCUGAUCAUGCUAUCAAAUGCAUCAGCAUCAAGCUUCAUCCCGUUCAUGUCGCUAUGCGUAUUUGCAAUAUUUCUGACAAAUACCAUCACAAUACCAUCAUACAUUUCACAGGUACCGAGCAACAGCGUAUCCUCAAGGACAUUUGCAUUAGAUGAUAUACCACAUACAACAGGAAGAGCAUUGACAUAUCCGCUGAGGCUUGUGUUUGAUGCGUUGCUACUCAAUCAUUCAUAUAUGCCACACGAGGUAGCAAAGAAAAAGCCAUAUGCUGCUAUCUUCUCACCUACAAUCAACAUGAUGAUUGUACUGUCGUACUUCGGAAUGCAUUUCGAAUACACAACGAUCCUCGCGCUCAUGAUAUGUGCACUUCUGUUUGGAUCGUUGCUGUACACCUUUGUAAAGAAGAGGAUUAUGAGUAAUGCAUUGUAUGUGUAUUCAUUUGCUGCUGCAACAGCUCUGUUUUCUGUAAUAAUGGUAGGAACAAGCAGCAUGAUUAAGAAUAUAGCAGAGGUAUCAGGCGUUGGAAGCCAGCUUUUGUCUGGGACGCUUCUUUCCAUGCUUGCAAACAUUGUUGAGAUUGUCACGUGUAUGCAUUAUGCAAGAUCAAGCAUGCCUGAAAUGGCAUCCUGCUCUGUGAUGUACUCACCAGUAUUCAAUUCCCUUCUGUUCCUACCUCUGAUUAAAAUUGCACUGGGUAGAGACACACUGUAUGCAGGCAUUCAAAACAUCGCAAAUGCACCAUUCGUGUACUUCUCGUAUGUAUUCAUUCUUGCAGAGAUUAAGGUGUUAUUUGUGAACUACCUACUGAGACACCAGAAGCUCACAAAGGAUCUUGGAUACACAUUGAUUGUCGUGUAUUUGUUGUUCAUUGCAGGCUUUGCAGUGGAAGGCAAGACACACCUUUGUAAAUAG